UUUUUUUCCUCAAGACAAAGCACUUUGCUUCCACAGUCUAAUCUUCACCCCGGCAACAGGAAGAUGACGAAGCUGAGCUGGUUACCAUUUUCGACGAAGCGGCAAAAUUCGUUCCUCGUCAAGAUCGUCUCCGUGAUUUUGAUAGUGGGUCUCGCUCUCGGUCUCUUCUUCUUCCCAUCCGGCGAGAUUUCUCCGGCCGAUGCGUCGGUGACCGGUUCCCAAAUCUCGCCGCGGACCGUUGUUCUGCCCGAUAACGAGGAUCUAAUUCCUCAAGAUAUCGUGAUAGAGAAGUGUGAUCUCUUCACCGGGAAAUGGGUCCCGAAUCCAUCACAGCCGAUCUACACGAACAGCACAUGUCGUUUCAUAGACAGUCACCAGAACUGCAUCACCAAUGGCCGGCCUGACUCGGGCUUUCUCUACUGGAAAUGGAAGCCUCGUGAUUGUUCAUUGCCUGCUUUUGAUGCUCGAAGAUUUCUACAACUCAUGAGGAAUAAAUCGUGGGCUCUUAUCGGUGACUCCAUUUCGCGCAACCAUGUUGAAUCUUUGCUCUGUAUGCUCUCCACGGUUGAAGAACCCGUUGAGGUAUAUCACGACAAAGACUACAGAUCGAAACGAUGGCACUUCCCUUUGCACAACUUCACCAUAUCCAACAUCUGGUCGCCGUUCCUCGUCGAGGCAGCAAUCUUCGAAGACUUCAAUGGUGUCUCGACGGCUGCUGUCCAGCUCCAACUUGACAAACUCGACAAAACAUGGACUGAUCUCUUCCCAAGCCUAGACUACGCCAUCAUCUCCACGGGGAAAUGGUUCUUGAAAGCUGCAGUGUACCACAAGAACAGCAAUCCCGUCGGCUGUCAUAUCUGCCCAGAAAAGUCGAACCUUGAGGAACUAGGAUUCGUCUACGCCUACAACACUUCGCUCCGUCACGUUAUGGACUUCCUCGUGAAUUCUAACCGUAAAGGUAUGAUCUUUUUCCGGACAUCAACUCCGGAUCACUUCGAAGGCGGGGAAUGGCAUAACGGUGGGAUUUGUCCGAAGGCAGAACCAGUUGGGGAAGAAGACAUCAAGAUCAAGGAUAUGAACAAGAUACUUAUAGAUGUUGAGAUCGGUGAGUUCGAGAGAGCGGUUGGGGAAGUGGGUCAAAACGGCGCGAAUCUUAGGCUUUUAGAUUUCACACCGAUGUUACUGACCCGACCGGAUGGGCACCCGGGUCCGUACAGAGAGUACAGACCGUACGAGAAGGACCGGAAGGGGAAGGUACAGAAUGACUGCCUCCAUUGGUGCUUGCCUGGACCCAUUGAUUACUUGAACGAUGUGAUAAUGGAGAUUAUCGUGAAUGGCUAGACCGGGUUUCAUGUUCAAUUUGCUAAACCGGAAAAGUUGAAAACCCGGUUUGGUCCGGGAGAUUAACUUUGAUUACAUACCAGGGUCUUGUAAAUUGGUGAAUUGUAAUAGAAAUAUUUUGUAAAUCUUGGUUUAAAACUCUAUUGGCUUAUUUGAGUAUC